AUGGUCUCCACAGCAUCAUCAUCACAACAUCAAAUCCACCCAAGAAGAUGGCUCAUGGCGGCGGCUGUUGCAUCAUCACUCGCAAGCGUCCAUGGCUACUCUGUCGGUGCGCCAGUAUCAAUGCCAAGAUCAACGGUAUUCCCUCUGGGGGGUAUCGAGCUGAGCAUCUUGGCUCCAGAGGAUAGUCUAUUAUUUGAUCUUUCCACUGGACUUGUUACCCCCAGCAAUCAACAGCAAAGAAAACCAUUAUUUGGAGCGACAUUCACAAAACCAGCCAAGACAACGUAUGAUCUAGGUUUGGGUAAGAACGCCCCAGUUUCACAAUCUUCCGGCAGUGACAGAAAACCAUUCAGGGCCCAGCGAGACCAUAUUGAUGUCUUUCAAGCUACCAAAUACUGGACGGAGUAUGAAUCUGCCAGAGAGUUUCCUUCACCACAAAGUCAAAUGACAGUGGUCUAUGAAAAGACAUCAUUGCCAUUAGCCACCACCAAAAAGACCCGAAAGACGGUUGCUCUGCACCCCAAGCGAUCCAUGCAAGAUUCCUUGACCAUUGUGGAGGCUACACGGAAUGAUCAAGCAGUGAUGGUUCCAUCCGAUCCAUCGUCCCAACGGGAUGUCAACUCGGUGUGGGUGGAAAUGCUCAUUCAUUACGAACAACAAAAGCAAAACGCUGUGCAUAUGAAUGUGAACUAA